CUGGUUUCGGGGUUUUACAAGGGUUUUAAGGCAUGGAACGGCUCUUCCCGAAGAACCCUCACAAUGUUCUCCAAACUCCUCCCAAUUCCCAGAAAUUUCACAACACCAUCUCCCAGUCCCACUUUCCCUCCUCUCCCAAAUUUCCCAUUUCACCUCAAACCUUUUCCCCACAAAUUCCCUUCAAUUUCUCAGAUCUCUUUCCCCCACUAUCCCCAUCUCCCACAAGCAUCACCAUCCCGGAAUCAACAACAGGAGGAUGAAGAUGAAGAUGAAGAAGAAGCCCAAGCUCGAGCUGCGGUUUCGGAAAUUCUCAGAGAAUCCGGGGUUUCGGAAGAGGAAUCGGUGGAAAUCGCACUGAAUUCGCCCAAAUAUGUGAAAAUGUUGGUGGAUGGUGUUCGGGAUUUGGAGGAGUGGAAUGCGUGGAAAAAGGGAGCCGAAGAAGCUGAGUCUUUCAAGGAAAAGGUGUAUUGUUUGGCUAGAGAGAAAGGCGACUAUGGGAGACUUGCUUUCUUGGAGAGCAUCGGUUUGAGUCUCUCGUCGGCACUGAGCGUGGCGCGAUACCUAUCCUCUGAAUCGCUUCCGGGUCUCAUUGAAAAGGUCCGGUUUGUAAAGCAAAUGUUCUUUUCUGAAGGUAACGAUGAAGGGUUUCUAGGAAAAAAUGCCCGCCGCAUGAUGAUGCACCUAUCGAUUCCUAUUGAUGAGGACUUGCAACAGACCUUGUCGUUUUUUGAAAAGAUUGAAGCAAGGCGUGGAGGGUUGGACAUAUUGUGUUCCAAAGAUGCCUCUUUUGGGUAUCUUGUUGAAUCAUUUCCCCGUCUUCUUUUGCUUUCAGUGGAAUCCCACUUGAAACCUAUGAUGAAAUUUCUUGAAGAUAUUGGAGUACAAAGAGGAAGCAUGAGAAAUGUACUUCUAUUGUAUCCACCCGUCAUCUUUUUCAACAUUGAGAAGGACAUCAAACCAAGACUUCUAGCAUUCGAGAAGAUUGGUGCAACAGAUAAAGAUCUCGGUAGGAUGUUGGUCAAAUAUCCAUGGAUUAUUUCUACAAGUAUUCAAGAAAACUAUGAGGAGAUCCUUUCUUUCUUUUAUAGAGAGAAGGUACCAAAAUCUAGUGUUGAUAGUGGAAUCAAAAGUUGGCCACAUCUACUGGGUUGCUCAACUAGCAAGCUGAAAUUGAUUGUGGAACAGUUUGGUGAAUUAGAUGUUAGAAACAAGAAGUUGGGUCAAGUUAUUGCUACAAGUCCUCAGCUACUGCUGCAGAAACCCAAUGAAUUUCUUGAGGUUGUUUCAUUUCUUGAAGAACUGGGAUUUGAUCGGGAAACAGUGGGGAGGAUACUCGGCCGCUGUCCUGAAAUUUUUGCUGCCAACAUUGAGAAAACCCUAAAGAAGAAGCUUGAAUUCCUUGCUAGUAUUGGCAUCUCCAAAGACCAUCUUCCUCGGGUUAUCAGAAAAUACCCAGAGCUUUUUGUUUCAGACAUCAACAGAACCUUACUUCCUCGGACUAAGUAUUUAAGGAAAACAGGGUUUUCAAAGAGGGAUAUCGCAUUCAUGAUCCGUAGAUUCUCUCCUUUACUAGGGUACAGCGUGGAGGAGGUAUUGAGACCAAAGCUAGAAUUCCUAGUGAAGACGAUGGAGAAGCCAGUUAAGGAAGUUGUAGAUUAUCCAAGGUAUUUCAGCUACUCACUGGAGAAGAAGAUAAAACCCAGGUUCUGGGUGCUAAAGGUAAGGAAUGUUGAUUGUAGUCUAAAAGACAUGUUGGCCAAGAAUGAUGAGGAGUUUGCUGCAGAGUUUAUGGAUGUUGGAAGAAUGCCUAUUCCCUCUCCUCCCACCUCUCCCCCCAUUUCUCCUCAUUGAUGUCAUCUUUCCUUUUUUGGUGGGGGGUGGGGUGUUGGGCUUAUGGCUUCUGUGUAAAUAGAAAAUCAAUUCUUGAACGGAAGAGUUGUUGCAAAGAACAGCUUCUGUAAAUGAAAAUUUUGAUGGUCUUUGCUUGAUAGUCAAUGAAGUCUACUCCUUUACAA